GCAAUGAAUCAGAAGAACGUCACUCAGGUCUCCGAAUUCCUCCUCCGUGGUUUCUCAUCCCAGCCAGAACUCCAAAAACUCAUCUUCCCGUUCUUCCUAUGCAUCUAUCUGAUCACUGUCUUUGGGAAUGUGACGAUCAUCUGGCUGAUCCGCUCCGACGCACAACUCCUCCAGACCCCCAUGUACUUCUUCCUCAGCAUCCUUGCCUUUGCGGAUUUGGCUUUUUGCAACGUCACCACUCCCAAGGCACUACAGAACAUGGUGUCUGAGAAAAAGACCAUCUCCUACAACGGCUGUCUGAUGCAACUAUUUUUUGGUCUUUUUAUUGGCAAUACAGAAAACUACAUUUUGGCUUCCAUGGCCUACGACCGCUUCGUGGCCAUCUGCCGCCCACUGUACUAUUCCACCAUGAUGAGCCAUAAGCAUUGCCUCCAACUGGCAGCAGCAUCUUGGACGAUCCCCUUCUUCCACUCUUUGCUUUAUGCAGUUUUGAUGUCCCGUCUUGAGUUCUGCAACCCUGGGGAGAUACCUAAUUUUUUCUGUGAUGUUUACCCUGUUUUGGACGUUUCUUGCUCUGAUUCCUACACCAUAGCUCUAGUACUGAAUACCGAGGGGCUAGUUGAGAUCAUGGGGCCAUUUGCGUUCAUCAUCAUUUCCUACGUAUUCAUCUUCUACACCAUCUUGAGGAUUCCAUCCGCGGUUGCCAAGCAGAAGGCCUUCUCCACGUGCGGGUCCCAUAUUUGUGUAGUGGUCCUGCAGUUUGGUUGUUUAAGCUUUGUCAAUUUCAAGCCACAUUCCAAAAUUCCGGAGUACAGGGACACAGUGGCAACUGUGAUGUUUACCCUGGUAACGCCCAUGUUGAAUCCCUUCAUUUACACCCUCAGGAACAAUGAGAUGAAGGCCGCCAUGAAGAGGGUCACGAGAAAGCAUUUUCAUUAA